UGUGUGCUUGCCAGUGGGAGAAACCAACCCAGGGCACCUCGGUGUCACCUUUUUCUUGUGCUGCUUUGCGGCCCAGGGGAGUAAGAAGCUCUCCCCACGCCCGGCUCCUCUUACAGGCAGGUACCGAGAGAUUAAACACAGGAAGGCUCUGGCCGCGACCCGCGCUGGCCGCACGUACCCGCGCCCCAGCUCUUCGUCGCGCCGCCGCCCCUGCCCCGGCGCGGUGGUAGGACCCGGCAGCGACGUCACCCAUUGUUUACAAAUCAACGCGAGCCGGUAGGACUCCGGCUCCCGCGGCUGCACGCGCGCGGCGCGACUACCCGGUGGGCUCCGGCUUCCGCGUCCGCCCGGCCCCAACCCCGGCCCGGCCUCAGCGCCGCGCCCCGCCGAGCCCCGCGAGCAGCCGAGCCGCCAGCGACGCCCGCAGAGCCCCGGGUGUGCCCGGGAGGGGGGCCAUGCCGUGCCGGAGGGAGGAGGAAGAGGAAGCCGGCGAGGAAGCGGAGGGGGACGAAGAGGAGGACGGCGGCUUCCUCUUGCUGGAGCAGUCGGUGACGCUGGGCGGCUCGGGCGAGGUGGACCGGCUGGUGGCCCAGAUCGGCGAGACGCUGCAGCUGGACGCGGCUCAGGACAGCCCGGCCUCCCAGGGCGCGCCCCCGGGGCCGCCACUGCGGCCCCCGCGACCCCCGGCGGCGGUGCGGGCGGACAAGGCCCGGACUCCUGCGUUGCCGCUGCUUCUGCCGCCCGCGCCGGCCGAGGCGGUGGGUCCGGCGCCCCCGGGGGCCCUGCGCUGCGCCCUGGGGGACCGCGGCCACGUGCGGGGCCGGGCUGCGCCCUACUUUGUGGCUGAGCUCGCCCCAGGCCUCAGCGCCCUUCCUGGUCCGUGUCGGCGAGGAUGGCUGCGGGGCAACGUCACUUCGCGCCGCCUGCAGCAGCGACAAUGGCCCCCAGUCGGGGCGCGCGCCCGGGACGACGACCCGCACCGGCUCCUACAGCAGCUAGUGCUCUCGGGGAAUCUCAUAAAGGAGGCGGUGCGGAGGCUUCAGAGAGCCGUCGCCGCGGUUGCAGUCACGGGCCCCACGGGCGCCCCUGGACCCGGAGGCGGCCGCAGCGGACCGGAUUCCGUCGCCCUGCAGCCCUCUGGCACCUUGUACUGACCUGGGGGCCUUGGAAGAGGAAGAGGAGGUCUCUGCGCAUACUCAACAGCCUCCUGUCACCAUUCCUGAGCUGAAGCCGCCGUCGUGGUCUGGGAGCGACCGCCUAGGCUGCUGGGAGGCGCGUGGGGAGAGCUCCCAAGCGAGGUUACCAGCCCCGGUGAGGCUGCCGGAGAACACUUGAGCAUGGAGAAAAAUGCACGGGCCAAAGCUUGUCCGCGGCGCGUGAGAAUUAUCCCGGCCACCUCGGGGCCAAGGACCUGGGAUAAACUGGGAGAACUAUGGCAGCUACUUGCAUUGACUUGUACCUGAUUUAACCCUUGGGGGCGUCGUGUGCUUGGAUUAUUUAAAGAUAGGGCUCCAAGGGGCGAGUAUCGCGAGGGCUUUAUAACAAUACUUGAAAACUAAUGGCACGCAUACAUUUUCUUUAUUUUCCGGUGGAGGAGCUCAGUGAAAAUGGUGCUACAACUGCUGUGCAAAGAAAUUGCGGAGGGAAAAAGAACGUAAAACCGUGGUGGUUGGUGGGUUAGCAUCGCUCCCUCCUGUCCCCCACCAAAUCGAUGUGGAGGCCGGAGAUGUGAACUUCAUUAAGGGGUCAGAGAAAGGUGGAGAAUUUUAAAUGACGACCUUGUCAGCUGUGGUUCAGUCAAGAUUUGCUGUACCUGAAAGGCUGUGGGGUUCCUGGGAGAGCUACAGCAGUGUUUUCUUUCUUUUGCUUCAAGAAGAGCCCUGCUUUGCCACCUCUUGGAGUUUUCCAAGGAUGCACAGGCAGAUAGGGACGUGUGGGGAGAUGUAUUUGUUUUUUCUGUGCUUUCCAUAACUACUACUUCUCCUCUGCCCCUGAGGCCACUCUUGGCUGUGCCUUGAGCUUUCUCAGAAACAGCAGUAAACAAUCCCUUGAGUUUCUCCUGUCCUCCCAGCUGGCCUUUCUUAUUCCACCUUUUUGGUGUCUGCAUGGGAUUGGAUGAGCCCCCGGGGCUGUUUCUUCUGCUCUGUCCUGGCUCUCUGUGGAGCCAGGGCCCUGAGUCUCCAGGGAUCCUCACCCCUCACAACUCUUCUUUGUGAAUGACUGGAAGCCGUGUUUAAAAUGUGACUCUCGGAGAGGAGAAACCUCUGGCUUUACUUGUGAAAACUUGGUGGUGCUUUAAGGAAGGUGCCACCCUCAAACUUUAAGGUAGCUAAACCAAUUUUUUAAAAAAGAUUCAAUGGCAUGUUCAUCCUCCAGAUGUAGCUGUUGAUGUACACUUCGCACCGGAGUGUCUGAAAUUGUGGUGGUCCUGAUUUAUAGGAUUUCUUAAUUAAAAUGUCUGCUAAAUAAAUUCGGUUUUUGUUUUGGA